AUGGAGCAAUUCAGGCAAAUCGGGGAGGUUCUAGGAAGCUUAAACGCGCUUAUGGUAUUACAAGACGACAUCUUGAUCAACCAAAGACAAUGCUGUUUACUGUUGGAUAUCUUCAGUUUGGGUUUCAACACCGUAGCCGAAGAGAUCAGACAAAACUUGAAGCUUGAAGAGAAGCAUACCAAAUGGAGAGCCCUUGAACAGCCUCUAAGGGAGCUCUAUAGAGUGUUCAAAGAAGGAGAAAGGUAUGUCCGGAACUGUAUGUCCAACAAAGAUUGGUGGGGCAAAGUAAUCAACUUUCAUCAGAACAAAGAUUGUGUUGAGUUUCACAUACACAACUUGUUCUGUUACUUUCCGGCUGUCAUCGAAGCCAUCGAGACAGCCGGAGAGAUUUCGGGUCUCGACCCUUCUGAGAUGCAGAGGAGGAGAGUUGUGUUUUCGAGAAAGUAUGACAGAGAAUGGAAUGAUCCGAAGCUGUUUCAAUGGAGGUUUGGGAAACAGUAUUUGGUUCCAAAGGAUAUUUGCAGCCGGUUUGAGCAUUCAUGGAGAGAAGAUAGGUGGAAUCUAGUGGAGGCAUUGCAAGAGAAGAGAAAGUCCAAGAGCGAUGAUAUUGGCAAGACAGAGAAGCGUUUAGCUGAUUUUCUGUUGAAGAAGCUGACCGGAUUAGAACAGUUUAACGGUAAGCUCUUCCCGAGUUCGAUACUUGUUGGUUCUAAAGAUUACCAAGUGAGGAGGAGAUUAGGUGGUGGUGGUCAGUACAAGGAGAUUCAAUGGUUAGGGGAUAGUUUCGUGUUGAGACAUUUCUUCGGUGAUCUUGAGCCGUUAGCUGAAGAGAUCUCUUCUCUGUUAUCGCUUUGUCACUCGAAUAUACUUCAGUACUUAUGUGGAUUCUAUGAUGAAGAAAGGAAAGAGAUUUCUCUGGUUAUGGAGUUGAUGCACAAGGACUUGAAAAGCUACAUGAAGGAGAAUUGUGGACCAAGAAGAAGAUAUCUCUUCUCUGUUCCCGUUGUGAUCGAUAUAAUGCUCCAAAUCGCUCGAGGGAUGGAAUAUCUUCAUUCGAAUGAGAUCUUCCAUGGAGACUUGAAUCCAAUGAACAUUCUUUUGAAAGAGAGAAGUCACACCGAAGGUUACUUCCACGCCAAGAUCUCAGGUUUCGGUUUGAUCUCGGUCAAAACUCAGUCUUUUACUCGGGCUUCCUCAAGACCAACCACUCCUGAUCCUGUGAUUUGGUAUGCACCUGAAGUUCUAGCAGAGAUGGACCAAGAUCUCAAAGGCAGAGCUCCGAGAUCAAAGUUUACACAUAAAGCUGAUGUUUAUAGCUUUGCUAUGGUGUGUUUUGAGCUCAUAACCGGCAAAGUUCCGUUUGAGGAUAGUCAUCUUCAAGGAGAUAAGAUGGCUAAGAACAUUAGAAAUGGAGAGAGACCUCUCUUCCCAUUCCCUUCGCCGAAAUAUCUUGUUAGUUUAAUCAAACGGUGUUGGCAUACAGAGCCGAGCCAGCGUCCGACUUUCUCUUCGAUUUGCAGGAUCCUCCGCUACAUCAAGAAGUUCCUUGUUGUGAAUCCGGAUCACGGUCACAUUCAAAUCCAAAAUCCACUUGUUGAUUGUUGGGACUUGGAAGCAAGAUUCUUGAGAAAGUUCUCACUAGAGUCAGGGUCUCACGCGGAGUCCGUGACACAGAUACCGUUCCAGCUUUACUCAUACAGGAUUGCAGAGAAAGAGAAGAUGAGUCCGGAGAUUAACAAAGAAGAGAAUUCAGAGACAGGUGAGUCUGCUUCAGAGAGCGUUUCAGUGGUUGAAGAUCCACCAACAAUGCCAAUGUACACAAAGUCGUUGUGCUUAGAUGCAAUAUCUGAAUACUCAGAUACAAGAUCAGUUUACUCAGAAGCUCCCAUGAAAAAGAUCUCAGCUUUGAAGAAAAGUGGCGACAUGGCAAAGCUCAGAAGGAAUUCAAGCGCAGGUUUAGAUACGUUUUGUUUAAGGUCUCCAGGAUCAUCGCCUAUAAAGCCAAGAUCAGCACCGAAAGUGUCAUCGCCGCUAAGUCCAUUUGGAAGAAACAGCAAAGCAAGGAAGGAUACUAGAUUGCCUUUGAGCCCUAUGAGUCCGUUGAGCCAUGGAAGACGUAGACAUCUCUCUGGUCCUGCUUCAGACUCUGAGCUAACAUAGCUUUUGAACACACUUCUUGUUUUUGCAGACAACAAACGAAAACAAGAAGAGCUAGAGAUUUUAGUUUCAAUUCCUUCAUUAUAUUCCUUUUUUUGUGUAACAUCUUGAAUUCCUUUGCGUUCCUUUUCUUCUUAUUUUUUGGCUGUAAAUUUUUCUCUU